ACUAAAACUCUCCCUUCACCUCCAUUGUUGAACUCCAUUGUUGAGUUCCUCAAGAACCCUAAUCAAUCAUCAUGUCUUGCUCCAAUCUAACAACAAUGUGGGUGUCUUCAAAACCCUCCACUCUCGAUUCAUCAUCCCUUUCUUUCCGAUCAUCUUUCAUCAACCCACUUCAAAUCCCAUCUUCGAAUCCCUCGAAUUCUUCGAAAUCUUCAUCGUCUUCAGUCCAUUGCAGUCUCCGGGAGCUUCGCAACCGUAUAGAUUCCGUCACCAACACCAAGAAGAUCACGGAAGCAAUGAAGCUCGUCGCCGCCGCAAAGGUCCGGCGAGCUCAAGAAGCCGUGGUGAAUGCAAGACCCUUCUCGGAAACCCUAGUUGAAGUUCUUUACAGCAUCAAUGAACAACUUCAAACGGAAGACGUCGACGUCCCGCUCACCAGUGUCCGGCCGGUGAAGAAGGUGGCGCUGGUGGUGAUAACCGGCGACCGUGGUCUCUGCGGUGGGUUCAACAAUGCGAUCUUGAAGAAAGCGGAAGCAAGAAUUCGAGAACUUAAAACUCUUGGACUUGAGUUCACCGUCAUUAGCGUCGGCAAAAAGGGUAACACUUAUUUCCUCCGGCGACCCUACAUUCCGUUGGAUAAGUAUCUCGACGGCAGCAACUUACCGACGGCGAAAGAAGCUCAGGCCAUCGCCGACGAUGUGUUUUCACUCUUUGUGAGUGAAGAAGUCGAUAAAGUCGAACUUCUGUACACAAAGUUUGUAUCUUUAGUGAAAUCCGAUCCCGUGAUUCAUACUUUGCUGCCAUUAUCGCCGAAAGGAGAGAUCUGUGACAUCAACGGAAUCUGCGUUGACGCGGCGGAGGAUGAGUUUUUCCGGCUGACCACCAAAGAAGGAAAACUGACCGUCGAACGCGACGUUGUACGCACCGAAACGAUGGAUUUUUCACCUAUUUUGCAAUUCGAGCAAGACCCAGUUCAGAUUCUUGAUGCUUUGCUGCCGUUGUAUUUAAACAGUCAGAUUUUGAGGGCAUUGCAGGAAUCGUUGGCGAGUGAGCUAGCGGCGAGGAUGACGGCGAUGGGGAACGCGACGGAUAACGCGGUGGAGUUGAAGAAGAAUUUGUCUAGGGUGUAUAACCGGCAGCGUCAGGCGAAGAUUACCGGCGAGAUAUUGGAGAUUGUCGCCGGAGCUGACGCGUUAGUUUGAUCGGAAUCGGUAUAGUUCUUGAUCCUAUGUUUAUCUGUGUUGUUAUUCGACGAUCGAUCAUACAUAUAUAUAUAUAUGCAUAGGAUUAUAUCUCCAUUUUUUUUUUUGGAAUUAAUUGCAAUGUAAUGAUAAUACUGCUUCCAAGCAAAUGAAAUUUGUGUAUUUGAAUACAUAUAUAUAUAUGAAUAAGCUUUUAUCGA